AAAGGACGGACAAAGUUGUCUGUGAGAGGAAAUUAGGGUUUUAUUCUCGAUAAUGGCUACGAAUCCAAGCGACGGCGACAUGACUGACGGAGAAAAAAGCAGCGAGCACGCGACGACGGAAUCCACGGAGGCGUCGAGUGAGGAUAACGGUUCGAUUCAGAAAAAACGCAAGAUCGAUGCGGAUUCUGUUGUUUUAAACGAAGAAGAAGAGGAGGAGGAGGAGGAGAAGAAGGACGAAGAUGAAGACAGCUGCGAAAGCGACCAAGUUUGGGGAUUCGAUAGCUUCGAUGAUACAGAUUUUGAUACCGAGCAGAGUGAUGAUGAUGUGGAAUUUGAAUGGAAUCGGUAUUUGUACCACGUUUACAAGAGCCGGGGUUUCAAGGUGGAUAGUGAAAUAGUUCCAAAAGGAUCUUUUAAUGGGUGUCGUCCAUUCGAUUUAGAUAAAAAGUUUCUGCACAAUCUCUCGGGACGUGAGUACAUGGACAAUAUGGCCAAGUUGGCUCUUGCUAAAUACAACCAACACAAUCAAACCAAUGUCAUGUUUGACCAUGUUGUGAGGGCCGUGGUGAAAAGGUGCUCUGGAAUCAAAUCUUACAUAACUUUCAUGGCUAAGGAGUCUCCUCAAGGUGAUCUCAUUGAGUAUCAAGCCAAGACUGAGUGGAAGGCGUGGCAGAGAAAUGCUCAUGCCAUUCUCUGCAGACCAGCUCUUCAAAUGAAACCUAUUCCUGCCAGAUACUUACCCAAUCCUCUGCCCACCGACUCCUAAACACGAGAAGAAAGGUAUGAGAAACUUUCUUCAAAUCUCUUGUUUAGUUAGUUUCGUUAUCCCUCUUCCUAGGUAGAUUUUGUCAGUAGUUGUGUUAUCCCCAAUAAUUGUUAAAAAGAAAAACAUUGAAAUUGU